GGGGUGCGGGCCGCACGACAGUGCUCGUUUAGUUUUCGGCGGAGCUGCUCCGCCUUCUCAGUUCUACUUGCUUAGAUAAGAUGGCGUUAAGAAGGAAGACCUGACCAAUGGCCCCCGAUUACAUGGUCUUCGGAACCAGCGGCAUUGGAAGAUGUGCCAGUGGACCACCUUGUAAGAGUGAAAACAACUACACCAUUAUCAGAGACAUUGCAUGGGAAUGUGAUCUUGAAAAAACUGUUAUAGCCUUGUAUCAUUGGAGAAAAGAGAUAGUAUCUUUUACUUAAUCCUGGAUACUAUAUCCAAAGUCAGAUCAUCAACUUCAAAGCAGAGAAUUUCUGAAAAACAAAUAAUGUCUUCAUAUGAUGUUAGCAAUUUUUCAAAUGAUGGCUCCUAGUAUCUCACAUUAGAAAAACUGAAAUUUGAUGACCAGUUUGAGAAACACCAGGAUAAACAGAUUACAAGGAAAAGCAAUUCAAAAGGAAGAUCAUGAAUAUAAUAAUUUGGGAGAAAUAUUUAAUCUGAACUUAAACCUAUUUAAACAACUGAGAGUUUUUUAUAAGAAAAAGACUUUAUACAGUAUCCCCCCAUCUGUGGAGGAUAUAUUCCAAGGCCCCCACUGGAUACCUAAAAAUCAUGAUAGUACCAAACCCUAACUGGGUCCUUAAUACCAGCUGCUAAGUGACUAAUAGGAAAGUAGCUUUUAUGGCAUAGGUAUACUGGACAAACAGAUCCUGGGCAGGAUGGAACAGUACAGCAUGAAAUUUCAUCACACUACUCAGAAUGGUACACAAUUUAAAACUUAUGAAUUAUUUCUGGAAUUUGCCAUAUAUUUUCAGAUCACAGUUAACCACAAAUAACUGAAAACUGCAGGAAGUAAAAUCAUGGAUAAGGGCAGAUUACUAAACUAUGAUAUAAAUUGUAAGAACUUAAAGCAUAAUUCUGCUUCAGUUGACCUUUUUUUAAAGGCUACUCAUGCAUUAAAAAUAAACUGUUAUAUAUAAAAACGGAUGCAUUUGCACCUUAAACCUUACUUAUUCUGGAAACAAUUUAAAUGUAAAGUCAUAGUUCAGUACUGAUGGAAUCUGAGAAGAUUUGUAUGCGAGAGAAACCUUAUCAGUGUAUUGAAUGUGGGAAAGGCUACACUUGUAUUGCAUCCCUUACCCAGCAUCAGAAAACACAUAUUGGAGAAAAACCUUAUGAAUGUAAAAUAUGUGGUAAAUCCUUCAGCCGGAACACUAAUCUUAUUCAACAUCAAAGAAUACAUACUGGAGAGAAACCUUAUGAAUGUAAUGAAUGUGGAAAAUCUUUUAGUCAAAGUACUAACCUUAUCCAGCAUCAAAGAGUCCAUACUGGGGAGAAACCUUACGAAUGUAAUGAAUGUGAAAAAGCUUUUAGUCAUAGGUCAUCCCUUAGAAAUCAUGAGAGAAUUCAUACUGGAGAAAAACCCUAUCCUUGUAAUGAAUGUGGGAAAGCCUUCAGCCAUAUUUCAGCCCUUACUCAACAUCAUAGAAUUCAUACUGGAAAGAAACCAUAUGAGUGUAUUGAAUGUGGGAAAACCUUCAGCCGCAGCACACAUCUUAUUGAACAUCAGGGAAUUCAUUCUGGGGAGAAAUCUUACCAGUGUAAGGAAUGUGGAAAAGUUUUUUGCCAUAGCACAUCACUAAUACGACAUCAGAGAACUCACACAGGAGAGAAACCCUAUGAAUGUAAUGAAUGUGGGAAAGCUUUCAGUCAUACCCCAGCAUUCAUUCAACAUCAGAGAAUUCAUACUGGAGAGAAACCCUAUGAAUGUAAUGAAUGUGGAAAGGCCUUCAACCGGAGUGCACAUCUUACUGAACACCAGAGAACCCAUACUGGAGAGAAACCCUAUGUUUGUAAAGAGUGUGGAAAAACCUUCAGUCGAAGUACACAUCUUACUGAACAUCUAAAAAUUCAUUCUGGUGAGAAACCCUAUCAGUGUAAUGAAUGUCAUAAACUAUUUUGCUAUAGAACGUCAUUAAUUCGGCAUCAGAGGACCCAUACAGGAGAGAAACCCUACCAGUGUAAUGAAUGUGGAAAAUCCUUCAGCCUAAGCUCAGCUCUUACUAAACAUAAGCGAACACAUACAGGGGAGAAACCCUAUCAAUGUAAUAAAUGUGGUGAUGUUUUUUGUCAUAGUACGUCUUUAAUUCGACAUCAGAGAACUCAUUUCAGAAAUGAAGCCCUAGCAGAGUAAUGAGUGUGGGAAAGCCUGCAUUCAUAGGUUAUCACAUACACCUGAGCACUGACAAAAGCAAGAAACCCUAGGAUUGUUAUGUGGCAAUCCUAUUUAGGCCAAACACUGAUUUACUUAAUAUUGUACUGUUGGUACUGUGAAGAAACACUGUUCUUGUAAUUAAUCUUUAAAAAUGUGUUAUCAAGAGAAAAAGUUAUAAUGGAACUAUUCAUCCAA